GUGCGGGCCCGGCGGGCCGGGCCGGCGGGGUGCGCAGUGCGCGCCGCAGUGCGCGGAGCGGGGCGGAGGGGCCGCGCCGCAGGGAUGCUCGCCCCGCUCCUGGGCUCGGCGGGCUCCGGCUGCCUGCUGCUGGAGUUUGCCGUUUCGCUGGCGGAGAAGAUGCAGGCGCAGGAGAUCCUGCGGAGCCUGCGGCUGCCCGAGUUCGAUGACCUCAGCCAGUUCUUCCGCAACCUGCCGGCCACGGCCCUGGUCGGCAUCGGCGCCUUCGCCGCCGUCGUCGCCUACUGGUUCGCCAGCCGGCCCCGCGCCGUGAAGCCGCCCUGCGACCUGCGCAUGCAGUCCCAGGAGGUGGAGGGCCUGGCCGGGGCGCGCCGGUCGGUGAUCGGGGACAGCCCACAGCUGCUGACGCACUACUAUGAUGACGCCAGGACCAUGUACGAGGUCUUCAGGAGGGGAUUCAGCAUCUCUGAGAACGGCCCCUGCCUGGGGUUCAGGAAACCCAAGCAGCCCUACCAGUGGCUGUCCUACAAGGAGGUGGCUGAAAGAGCAGAAGCUCUGGGUUCAGGCCUUCUGCAGCAGGGCUGCAAGCCAUCCACAAAGCAGUUCAUUGGGGUCUUCGCUCAAAACCGCCCAGAGUGGAUCAUCUCUGAGCUGGCUUGCUACACCUACUCCAUGGUGGUGGUUCCUCUCUAUGACACCUUGGGUCCUGGAGCCAUUCGGUACAUCCUCAACACAGCUGACAUCUCCACGGUCAUUUGUGACAAGCCUGAGAAAGCCAGGAUCCUCCUGGACCACGUGGAGAGGAAGGAAACACCGGGCCUGAGCUCCAUCAUCCUGAUGGACCCCUUCGAGAAGGAGCUGGCAGAGAGGGGGAGGCGCUGCGGGGUUCGCAUCCAGACCAUGCAGGAGGUGGAGGACCGUGGCCGUGAGAGUCGACAUGUGCCUGUGCCUCCUCGACCAGAAGAUCUAUCAAUUGUCUGUUUUACUAGUGGCACUACAGGAAACCCCAAAGGUGCUAUGCUGACCCAUGGGAACGUGGUGGCGGAUUUUUCAGGCUUUUUGAAAGUGACGGAGAAAGUGAUCUUUCCGAGACAGGACGAUGUGCUCAUCUCCUUCCUGCCUCUGGCUCACAUGUUUGAAAGAGUUAUACAGGUAAGAAACCUGCCUGAACUGACGAGGCCUCGUGGGGCUCCUUGUGUUUUCUUCCAGAGUCAGUGGUCUCCUACUUGUGAGGAUGUACACAUUUCCUAUUUGCCUUUAGCACACAUGUUUGAGAGAAUGGUACAGUCUGUAGUGUACUGCCACGGAGGGCGGAUUGGGUUCUUCCAGGGAGACAUUCGUCUCCUGUCCGACGACAUGAAGGCCCUGCGCCCAACCAUCUUCCCCGUCGUGCCGCGGCUGCUGAACAGGAUGUACGACAAGAUCUUCAGCCAGGCUGACACGUCCCUCAAGCGCUGGAUCCUGGAAUUUGCUGCAAGACGGAAAAAGGCGGAAGUUCGAAACGGCAUCAUUAGGAAUGACAGUUUGUGGGAUAAGCUUUUCUUUAACAAAAUACAGGCGAGUCUGGGGGGCUGUGUCCGCAUGAUAGUGACAGGAGCUGCCCCUGCCUCUCCGACUGUCCUGGGCUUCCUCCGCGCCGCCCUCGGAUGCCAGGUUUAUGAAGGCUAUGGCCAAACAGAAUGCACAGCUGGAUGCACCUUUACAACUCCAGGUGACUGGACAUCAGGUCAUGUAGGAGCCCCUUUGCCCUGUAACUUAAUCAAAUUGAAGGAUGUGGAAGAACUGAAUUAUUUUGCUUCCAAAGGAGAAGGAGAGAUCUGUGUGAAAGGACCCAAUGUGUUCAAAGGUUACUUGAAAGAUGAAGAGAAGACAGCUGAGGCGCUGGACCAGGAGGGCUGGCUUCACACAGGGGACAUUGGGAAAUGGUUACCUAAUGGGACUCUGAAAAUUAUUGAUCGGAAGAAGCACAUAUUUAAACUUGCUCAGGGAGAAUAUAUUGCACCGGAGAAGAUAGAGAACAUCUACAUCCGCAGCGACCCUGUGGCCCAGAUCUACGUCCAUGGAGACAGCCUGCAGGCCUUCCUGGUGGGAAUUGUGGUGCCUGAUUCUGAAGUUAUGCCAGGCUGGGCAAAGAAAAGAGGGUUUGAUGGAACAUAUGCAGAACUCUGUAAAAAUAAGGAACUGAAGCAAGCAAUAAUGGAAGACAUGGUACGGUUGGGGAAGGAGAGUGGGCUCCACUCCUUUGAGCAGGUCAAAGCCAUUUACAUUCACUCCGAUAUGUUCUCGGUGCAGAACGGUUUGUUGACACCGACGUUAAAGGCUAAGAGACCAGAACUGAGAGAUUACUUCAAAAAGCAAAUAGAAGAGCUGUAUUCAAGCAUCUCCAUCUGAAAUCACGGGAAGAAUCUCCUGAGUAAUGGACUUCAUAGCAAUAUUAGAAUAAUACUCAAAAAGUACAGAGCCAGAACGACACUGCUGAAAUGGAUAAGCACCUGAAUCUUAUAUUUGAGCCUUUCAUUGUUCUAGGAUUUUCCCACUAACCAUAUUUUUCCUUCUUUUUUCCAUCAGGUGUGAUACAAUUUCUUUUUUACUCUAUGCACAGGGUACUACUAAGAAUCAUGCUGAAUUGCCACAAAAUAUACAGACAUUUCAAUCUAUGACUAAAUUAUGGAAACUUAUUAAUAACUACAAGCAUUUCUAAUUAAAAUAGGGAAAAUUUCAGGUAUGUCUGUUAAUAUUUGAUUGUAUAUAACCUAACACAUUAAGAACUAAAAUUAUGGAUAAUUCAAUAAUGUGGUCUACCUCAAACAAUCAGUGAUUGAUGGUGAAAGUGAAAAUCUAUUUUCUCUGAUUUGGAACUUCAAGCUGGAUAUCGGAUUAUAUAUGAAGUGAUAGUUUUUAUAUUUUCCAGGACAUAAAUGACAUUGAUUUGAUUUAAUCAUUAAUGACCUAACUAACAACCAGAAUAGAAAUAGGAAGGAAUCUCCUGCUAUCUGAACUUAAUAGACCUUUUAGUGUAUUCCACCUAACGGAUAAAUGUUACCUUGCACUUGCAAGAACAGGGUAGGCAGCGAUAGGAUAGAGUUCCCUCUAUUUCCUUUUCAUCCCAACGCAGUUUAUCCAUGGCAUGCUGAUCCUGCAGCCCAGUGCACUCAUGGACAUCUGAACUGCUCAAACUGAGAAGGUUGCAAAAGCAUUGCUGGCUCUGAGGCGGCUCUUGGUGGGAGUUCAGGAUAAUCCACCUGCUCCCAGUCCCUAACUGGUUACUCUACACGCUGCUAACUCUGCGUAGUCCAGCUGGACUCACUCCCCUUCAGAAACAGCGCCGGAGAAACAGAGCACAAGGAAUGAGCUGGGAUUGUGGAUGGGGCUUAGCAAGAGGAAGGGGUUUGGGAAGAGGCCAGCCUGAGGCACAGCACUGCGGGGCAUCCUUUGUGUGGCCACGGUAGGGAAGGAACCCUGCUCCCAAGGGCCCAUGGCAUGCUGAGAGGCUGUGCUAGCCACCCCUGUGCCAGGUGUCACGGGAUGGCAGAACGCUGGAUGUGGGGGCAGAAAGGCCUGCUGAGAAAACAGCUCCAUGUCCAGACGUCUGGGAGCAUCAAGUCACGCUGGCAUCACUUCCAGUGGCCUCUCUGGAAUAAACAGGAAGUUGUCUGGAUGAAACCUUAGAUUUCUGUGGUCAUCAGAAAGGAGAAAAGUCUCACAAGGAACAGGAACAGACUCUAGAGCUCUCUCCUGAUACAAAGCACGGUACAAAACAAUGAGAAAACUGUCAUGUCAAGUCGCUUGAAUACGUGGACUGUCGAUGGCUUCUUUCUGCUAAACUGGAUCCUAAAUAUCUGUGUGUAUUGUACUAGCUGCUCUUUGUUGCACCAGUGCAUACUAGCAUGGAGCUGUGCCUGCUAGACCUUUGCUAGGACAGUGAAAGCACACUUAUUUUUUUCUCUUAAACUGGAAUCCGCUGUAGACUUUUAAAGCUAAAAGUUAAAAUUUUUAAUCUAAACGGUCUCUUACUUUCCCUCUGGAAUUCCGUUGCAUGCUUCCAAAUGAAAUAAACCGAAUGAACGGGUUAGUGUCACACGAAGACUGAUUUAUUGAAGUGAUUUCAGAAUAAAACGAUACAAAGGAAACCGCAUCAGUAACAUGAUGACUCAUACGGAAUGUGGCGAUUUGAUUUAUCAAACGUGCGUUUGUCUGAAUCCCUCUUUGCGCCCGAUUCCUCAUUUGAUUCCAGUUCAGUGAUUCACAUCAGUUCAAAGCAACUGCGAAAUAUCUGAGAUCUGCUGGGAUCACACAUUCAUUUUUCACCAGGGUACACAGCAGCAGCAUCCCUGGGGAGUUUGUGCACCACGUCUGCAGAGCGCGGGAAUUACUGUGUCAAAUGCGGCUCUUUAGGUCAGAAAGGGUUCUUAUCUCGGCACAGUCUGGUUCAUCUCCUUUUUGGACCAGCCAAAAGACAGUCAUUACAUGCAUAAAGCUCCAGAGCAAUGGAGAAUUAGAUUCAGUACAAUUUCCUGUCUGUUUUAAUGCAACAGGGUUUUAAAGUAAAAAACCCCAAAGCCUAGUCAUCCCUAUAAGCAGAGAAAAGCUGUUUUUUCACUGACCUUUUUCUACCGUUUGAGUUUAAUUUACUUUUUUCCUAAGGUGGUUGCAGGCUUUCCGUGACAACUAAACUCUGUGUAAGUAUAAAAGAUCUCACUAUGAGUUUAUUUACAGCUUAAAUGGCUGUUGUUUUUACAUAAAUAAUGCUGAAUAAUAGAUCUGUAUUCUUCUUUUGGUAUUUCAUGCAAAAUGUCAGAUGCACUAGAGCCAGAGAUGAACACCAAAAGAAUAAGAAAGGAAAAAUACAGACUUGGCCACUCGAGGAUGGUGCAAAAUCUGGGAGAAAUUGUGUUGUCACACCAAAAGUGUGAAUACUUUCAGAACUUGUGAAAAGUUACAUAAAUAAACUAAAAGCUCUCUUUUAUACUUUCUGGUGUAAUCAGAUUUUCCUCUGCAGGUCGCUCUCUCUUGCCAUAAUCAUAACGAUGCUGUAAGAGAUUAACACUUGAAAAGCAGACAGUGUAAGGCAUGAGCUCAGCCCAAUCUUGCUUCUCUUCAAAUUCCAGGAAUAUUUAUUUUGUACUGAGCUUUCUUAAACUGAAACACUUCUUGUGACCACCAAGGAAAAAUCCCCAGGGCUGUCCAAUAAGCAGUUGUUCAGUUUUUGGGGUUUUUCCCCCUCGAGAUAACUAGUUAUAAAAUUAGUUUCUAUUAUUCAUCUUAUUUAAAGAGUGGAGACUCUUUUUGCAGAGUACUGUGUUCUUAGACGUUGUGAGGCAUGGGAGGUUCUUCCUGAGCCUGGUGCUGUGCCUCUGGAACCACUGCAAGACUCUCAGAUAUAAAAACUGGAAUAAAAAACCUUUUCCAGGAAGAGAACCUCGCUUAGUUCUGUAUUUUGUGUGUUCUUAGCUCAGUGUAUUGCACCAGGCGUGAGCAGAAACCAGAGCAGGGUCCUGACCCCACGUGGGCGGGAAGCACAUGGAAUAAUCUGUCCUGAAGGGCACAUUUGCCGUUGGACAUGCUUGACGCACACCAGGUGAGAGAGAGAGGGGGAGUUUUUAUUGACCAAGUACUACUUUGCAGUCUGCCCUCACUGUCAGUAUCUAUCAGCAUCAGUCCAGUCUCGUUUCUGCCAUGAAUACGAAAUCCUCGCAUAUAACAAAAUAAUCUGACUUAAUCUUCUGGAAUUAAAAAAUUAACUUAGAUAUUUUUUUUUAAUUUUACGUGUGUUAAAAGCACAAACUGCUGAUCUAUAUGUAAAUAAAUGCUACAAGAUGAAUGUAAACUGGGAAAGAAUAUACUAUUUUUGCAUGGUAAUAGGUUACUUAAAGACCUCUUGAUGCCUUACAGAGAACUGGGAAAAGCAUUUUAUUUAGAGGCAAUUCUAUCGGCGUAUUUUUUGUAUUUUAGCUCACUUUGGUUUUCUCUGGAGGAAGAAAAUCAGAAUUAGAUCUUUGUUUCUUCUUGGAAUUAACUUUCUUCAGCAUUUUGCACAUGUGGUGGUCUCUACAUCACCUUUGCUCCUGUGAAAUGGGGAAGCUUUUCAGAGAAGAGACCUGGAUGCUUGUAGUCCAGGAAGGAAAAAGCUUUAGAUCCCUGGAAUUGUUCCAAAAUAAAAUGUUUUCUGAGGCAUCUGGAGCCCCUUUAAGCCCUUCAUUUCAGCUUUUUGUUAUGUAUUUUAGCAAAGUAAAAGCAGUGAACAAAUGAGGUAUUUUGGUGAGUGUUGCUUAUUCUAUUUUCAAAUGAAAGUGAAGGGGGUUAAAAUAUAACGUAUACAUUUGUGUAAAAAAAAAUUAACUGUAAUUAAAGGUUUUUCACCUUUGGUAUAUUAGCAUGUAUAUCAAAGAGUCAUCUAUGGAAACUUUUGUAAAGAACUAACUUCUCACCUUUCUCAAAAGUGCUCAUGAGAUUUUCUUGUGGACUGACAUACAAUAAAAGCUCUUUUUUAAAAUCUGUUGUUCCUCCAGCUACGCUCUGUCCUCACCAUCGUUAUGAAGUUUGUUCAGAACGCGUGCCUAGACUAAACGUGUUGUAAAAACAAUAAAUUAUGUAAAAUAAAAUAACAACCAAAGGAAUAUUGGAACAUGAGAUUGAUUUUAGCAAUCUCCUACAAAAAAAAAAAAAUUGUUGCAAAUCUCUCUGAAGAUGCUGAAGUCUUUCUGUAAUGGUUUCAUUUUUUUUUUUUUUAAUAAUUUUAAAUCAGGAAUAACAUAACUAAAUGUAUAUGCUUGUUUAAUAUGAAUUGACAAUUGGGAAUGCAUAGUAUUUUUUCAGACUAUGUGUCUAAACCAAUAAAGUUUCAAAGCAUUUGGGCUCU